AUGGUCCCAUCAACAUCUUAUGACGAAGCGGAAAUAUCGCCACAGCAUAAUUCAACUGCGUCUCAAUCAGAUAAUGAAUCGUCAAAUUCUGCAAAUCAUGGCUCAAGUCCAGAAGAGACUUUCAAUGAUGAGAAUGCUCUGCCUGCUGCUUUAGAACGUCUUCAUAUUGAAAGUAAGGAAAAAAGAAAUAAAGAGAAGCGAAAAUAUAUGGAUGAAGAUUAUUUAAAGGAGCAAUCUUCAAGGAAACUUUGCAAAAGCUCUUCGAAAUUGUUUAAUUCCACGGACUGCAUUAGCUCCUCCUCAAGUAAUUACCUAGAAAAAUUUUUUUAA